AUGUCAUUCACCCGUACUUUAUCCAAAUCACUACGUGCACCAACCAUAGCCAAAACACCCUCUACCGUAUUCAUCAGAAUGUCCUCCACAGAGUCAACACCAACAUUCGGUUUCAAAGAAAGACAACCUUCAUCUGAAGAACAAGCGUUGGUCGACGAUGUGUUACAACUCUAUCAGCUUAAUCCUAUUUCAUCGGCCUACGCGAGGUACGAUACGAAAGCACAGUUCCAUGAUCCCAUCGGUUUAGCCAAGGGUUUAGAAGCGAUCAAAGCUCAAUUCAAUGGAAUGCCAAAGAUCUUCUCUUCAUCCGAAACUAAAGGGUUGAAAUUCCUUGAUAACCCAGAAGUAAAACCCCCCUCAGUUCAAAUUUCUUUAUCUCAAUUAUACAAGAUGAAGCCCGCUGGAGAGAAAUUAGUCAAUUCAUUGGUCACCUUCCAUGUCGAUCCAAGUUCAAACCUCAUUACUAGACAUGACGAAGAAUGGGAUGCCAAGCCAAACACCACAGGAGAAGAUGGUUUCUUCGGUAAAAUCAAUGAGCUCAGAAAGAAGUUUACCGCGUCGGCUGUUCAAGCUGGUGUGGAUACUACCCCCAAAGAUCAACAAUAA